AUGGGUCUGGGUGAGGAGGACCCCGAGUCUAGUGUGGCGCCGGUGCUGGCGCUGCUGGAGCAGCUGGGCCGGGCCCCCGAGGCGCUGCUGCCGCGCGGCUACUUCCCGCUGCUGGGCAGCGCGGUGCUGCAGGCGCUGCGGCGCGUCGCGGGCUCGCUGCGAGGUGGCCUGGACUGCUCCGUCUCUUUCGUGUCACACGUCGUGGGGAAGGUUUGCGUUCACGGGAGACAGAAGGAAAUUCUGAGUGUUUUGAUGCCCCAGCUAACAGAGCUCACCCAGUCAGACUGCAUCUGGCAGCGGAUUUGCUGGCGACUGGUUGAAAGCGUACCUGACCGCUGGAUGGAAGCAGUGCUCCUCGGCUUCGUUCAGAGCGCGUCAGGGGCAGAUGCCUUGUCCCGAUUGCUGGGGAACUUGGUGGUGAAGAACAAGAAAGCUCAAUUCGUGAUGACGCAGAAGCUGCUGCUCUUGCAGUAUGGCUACACGACUGCAGUGCUACAGAACGUCCUCGGCUACCUGUCCCUGGACAACCAGCGGCGUGCCUUGUUGAUCAAAGUGCUGCAGGAGCUCUUGGAGACGUGGGGCAGCAGCAGCGCCGUGAGACACUCGCCAGUGGAGCAGCAGCAGUACAUCAGCAAGGCCAUUCUCAUCUGCCUCUCCCACCUGAAGGAGCCCGAAAUAGAGAGCUGCAGGCAAGAGCUCCUCACAAACAUGAUGGCGGGUGUAAAAUGCCACCUGGACAGCAGCCUGCCGCAGAUACGGCGCCUGGGCAUGAUCGUGGCCGAGAGCCUUAGUGCGAAGCUGAACGCCGACGGGCCCGUCCUGAAGUUUCAGUAUGAAGACGACGACGAGACGCGAGAGCUGAAGUCCCUCCUGGUGCAGGCUGCUCCGGGCUGCGGCGUCCCCGUCCCCAGCCCUCCACACGAGAAUGAAGGAGCAGAUGCGGCACCGCCAGGGGAAUUGAAAGGUGCUGAAAAGCCACUGACAGCAGCCCAGGUGGUGCCAGAUGAAGACUCGGAUGCUGAGCUUGACAGUGAUGAUGACCUCGUCCCUUACGACAUGUCAGAGGAUAAAGAAUUAAAGAGCACUAAGGCUCCUGUGUAUAUUCGUGACUGUAUUGAAGUCCUAACGGGGUCUGAUGAUGUGGACAAAUGGGAUGCUACAAUCAAGGCUCUUGAGGGCUUGAUUCGAAAGAAUCCAGCAGCUACAAGAGAGGUUAGUGUGGAGCUGGCAAAAAUCCUACUGCACGUGGAAGAGAAGAGCUGCAUUGAAGGCUUUGCAGUGCUCCGACAGAAAGCCCAAGUAGCCGUUUUAACCACUGAUCCAAUACCUGUCGCGCAGUUCCUGACCUCUCAGUUCUACUCGCUGAACUACAGCCUUCGACAGCGCAUGGACAUCCUCGACGUAUUGGUUCUGGCAGCUCAGGAAAUGUCUUCUUCCAAAAUCCAUGGGAAGAACAAGCAAUCUAAUGCUCAGAAACCUUGUAUCCAGCUCCUUCCCGAAAGCGACAGCUCCAAGGACUGGAGAAAGAUUGUUGAUGAGAGGAUCAAAAGCAAGACCCGAAGGUUUGCUAAGGGUCAGUCUCAAGCGGAACCGGAUUCUGGCCCAAACAAGUUCAAUUCUGUAGCUGGGCACUUCUUCUUCCCCCUGAUCCAGAACUUCGACAGGCCCUUGUCCACGUUUGAUCUGCUGGGAGAAGAUCAUUUUGUGCUCGGCAGAUUGGUGCACACCCUGGCCGUGCUCAUGUACCUGGCUGCCAACGCUGUGGCAGUCACCACCAUGGGAAGGGCGCUGCUGGAGUUUGUCUGGGCUCUGCGCUUCCACACCGACUCGUACGUGCGCCAAGGUCUGCUGUCCUGCAUCUCGUCCAUCCUGCUCAGCGUCCCUGCUGCCCAUCUGCUGGAAGACGUGGCAGAGCUGCUCGUGGAGACUCGGUGCUGGCUGGCAGAUGUGGUGGAGAAAGACCCUGAUGGGGACUGCAGGGGGCUGGCCUUGCAGAACUUGCUGCUAAUGGAGAACCUGAAAAAGAAACUUGAAAGUGCCCCUUCCUAG